GUGCUUUUGGCAAAAAAAAAGCACUUUUGGCCCAAAAAAAAGCUUUGUCAAACGGGCUAUUAGUCUUUGUUAAAAAAAAACUUUCUUCUCUUUGAAAUGCUUUGGAGGUUCAUAGAUGUAGAACAUAUAAUAUUUGCCUUCUCGGGAAAAAAUAAAAAGAACAGAUGAUAUUUAACUAAUAUGGCUCUGCAAUGAAAGUGCUUUCCAGGUCUUUGAUUUGUCAUUGCCUAUGCUAAUGUGACUCACAAUUCUCUGGUGCUUUGGAUCUUAUGAGGAAUAUUGAAAUUAUAAAGGGGAAUCUUUCAUUUCUCCUAUUGGGUGGUCUUUAAAUCUAACUUUUCGAAAUGAAAGUUUGUGCUCUAGAAGAUUGUUGUGACUUAUCCAUGUAGUAGCACUUCAAGUAAGCUGUUAGUGCUUGAUGAGGAUAUCAAAUAGUCAAAUCUCUAAUAGAGGGGGAUGUGAGUGCAGUUGAUAAACCAAAUUCUUUGUUGUCUCCCUCUUCAACCCUGCAGGUUUGUUGUUCGUGCUACUAAAGGUUCUUUUUUUCCCACUCCUUUCUUGUGUCUGGAGAGAGGUGGCCUUUUGUCUUCUUUUUACAUGUCCAAAUGAGCAUAAAGAUUGGGGAGGGAAAGGGCAUUUAGAAAGCACAUGGAGCUUUGGUCAUGCGAUAGAUGGAUAAAGAUAAUUGACAUUUUGCAUUUUCAGUACAGCUGUAUGGUUUAUAGUGUGUGUUCUUUAUCUUUACAUUAAUUUGUUUUUUUAAUGUUUCAGGUUGACUUUCAAAAAAUAACAGUUACCACCAUCACUUCAGUAUUUCCUGAUUGAGGUAGAUGCGAGCUUGGCCAUAAUGUCUGUACUCAUCGAAGGGCUCCCUGAUGCUGUUGCACUCAGGUGUCUUGCGCGGGUUCCGUUAUAUCUUCAUCCAAAAUUAGAACUUGUUUCCCGUUCCUGGCAAGCUGCUAUUCGAAGUCGCGAACUAUUUAAGGCAAGAAAGGAGGUCAAUUCAUCUGAAGAAUUUUUGUGUGUCUGUGCCUUUGACCCUGAUAAUUUGUGGCAGCUUUACGAUCCUAUGCGUGAUCUUUGGAUUACCCUUCCUGUUCUUCCCUCGAAUAUCAGACAUCUUGCUCACUUUGGUGUGGUCUCUACUGCUGGAAAACUCUUUGUUCUAGGUGGUGGCAGUGAUGCUGUGGAUCCAUUAACUGGUGACCAAGACGGAAGUUUUGCCACUGAUGAGGUAUGGUCGUAUGACCCGGUAACCAGAGAAUGGAGUCUGUGCGCAUCUAUGAUUGUGCCUCGUGCCAUGUUCGCUUGUUGUGUGUUUGAUGGGAAGAUAGUUGUUGCAGGGGGUUUUACUAACUGCAGAAAAUCAAUAUCAAGAGCGGAAAUCUAUGAUCCCGAGAAGAAUGUUUGGGAUCCGAUCCCUGACCUCCAUCGCACACACAACUCUGCUUGCUCGGGAGUGGUUAUUGCCGGUAAAGUUCACGUAUUGCACAAAGGUUUGUCAACUGUUCAGGUUCUGGAAAAUGUGAAGCAGGGUUGGACAGUCCAUGAGUAUGGUUGGCUCCAAGGCCCCAUGGCUGUCGUUAGGGAUGAGCUUUAUGUACUGAGUCAUUGGCUCAUUUACAAGCAGGAAAGAGAGACACGGAAGAUGGUAGUUUCGGCAUCUGAAUUUCGUAGAAGAAUUGGUUUUGCAAUGAUAGGUCUGGGAGAUGAUAUCUAUAUUGUUGGAGGGGUUAUUGGCCCGGAGCGCUGGAAUUGGGACAUUAAAUUGAUUUCUGAUGUUGAUGUUCUGACGCUCGGAAGUGAGAGGUCAGUGUGGCGUCAAGUUACUCCAAUGACAAGGUGUAGAGGAACGAUCCUUGGCUGCACGCAGAUGAGAAUAUAGGUCAUGCAUAAUGGAUUCAAUUUCGUUGCAGUUUUCUUUGGAUAAAUUGCUUCAAAGAGGGUUUUGAGUUGUGCUGGCAAGGUGCUAGGGGUAUGAGAUGUUCAGCUUUCUGGCCGCUUCCUUACCUAGCAUGUAGAAUCCUCUUUGCUCAUAGCUGCUGGUCUUUGAAGUGAAGUUCUGUUCAUACCUUGAAUGCUGGCGAUUUUAACAUGAAAAAUACAUGUAUUUGCAUCAAGGUUUCUCUAAAUUUAUUGGUUUCUUGUGUCUGUAUGGAGAUAAACUAGCUCGUUGCCCUACUUGAUUCUUUUUUUUUAGGGGGCAUGUUUUGUCUAUUUUCAAUUAAGUGUACCUUAAUCUUUCUUUUUGGUGAUUUCCUGUUAGUCAAAUGAACAAAAAAGUCCAUGUAUUAGAACCAAAUCAUAGUUCAGCCA